UCGCCACCAUAAAAAUCCAAGAGACAACAGCAAGCUAGCUCGAGUGAACUGAGCUGAGAUCAUCCAUUCGUUCAGCAAUGGCGGCGGAGAGGGUGAAGAAGCUGGCGUCACAGCAUGCGGUGGUGAUCUUCGGGGGGAGCAACUGCUGCAUGUGCCACACGGUGCAGACGCUCUUCACCCAGCUGGGCGUGAGCUGGGCGGUGCACGAGCUGGACAAGGACCCCCAGCGCAAGGAGGUCGAGAGGGUGCUCGCCGCCAUGGUCGUCCCGACCCGGAGCGCGCCCGUGCCGGCCGUCUUCAUCGGCGGCGCGCUCGUCGGCACCACGGACCGGGUUAUGUCGCUGCACCUCGGCGGCCAGCUCGUGCCGCUCCUCCGCCAGGCCGGCGCUCUCUGGCUCUGAAGAAUCAUCGAGGACAGCGAUGGCUGAUGCGUACGUGCGGAAACUGAGCUAAGCUAGUGAUCAUACAUAUGGAUCGUGCGGGCAGCAACUUAAUUUAGAAAAGAUCAUCAGAUAUAUUAACGGCCAUGAAAUAAUCUCCUGUGAGAGAUGAAAGCUUUGGUUAAAAAUAAAGAUUAAAGCUUUUAUGUUUAUCUUGUCGUUGCAAUUUUGAUACUAGGUGCUGUGUGCAAAGAAUGUUAGCCUACCAGGGAAAUCCUCAAGAUAUAUAAUGUUGCUCAGUUCAUGGAGUA